GCCUGCCAGUGUCCCUUCCUCUAAGCGUUGUCACUGAAAGCCUGAGCCCCCGAAAGAGGGAGGAAGGUUGACUUCAGAUACCCCAGCCCCGCCUCUUCCCCUGCUCAGCUUCCUCUCUGCACUUCCUGCCACUGCAGGCUUCUCCUCCGAGAACAGGUAGGGCCCCCAGGGACCGAGCAUCUGGCAUCUUCAGCCCCUCUGCCUCCCUUUGGUAUCAGGCAGCUGCCCCCCCACCAGCCCUGCCCAGCACCACCCACAGCCUCCUCCCCUGUCACCGUACCCAGGCAGGCAUCUGCCUUGCUCUCCCCUCCUCUCCCCUCCUUCCUGCUGUGGCCUGGGCAGGGCACCUGCACCUCCCCGCCCCACCUCUCUCCUUCCUAAUAACACCCUGGGCUUCUGGUCAAUAGGCUAAUUUAUUUGUUUAGCUGCUAGUUAUCCACAUGCUACACUGUCCCAAACAAGAAUGGAAGGCCCUGAGGGGAGGGGCCUGUCUUGUUCACCCUCUCUCCAGGGCACAGGCACAUAAUUCCCACCUGUAUUCAAUAGAUAUUGGUUGGAUGGGAAGGAAGGAAGGAAGGAAAGAUGGAUGGAUAGAAGGAAAGAAAAGGAGGCCGGGCGCGGUGGCUCACGCCUAUAAUCCCAGCACUUUGGGAGGCCGAGGCAGGUAGAUCACAAAGUCAAGAGAUCGAGACCAUCCUGGUCAACAAGGUGAAACCCCGUCUCUACUAAAAAUACAAAAAUUAGCUGGGCCUGGCGGUGUGCACCUGUAGUCCCAGCUACUCGGGAGGCUGAGGCAGGAGAAUUGCUUGAACCCAGAAGGUGGAGGUUGCGGUGAGCCGAGAUCCGUGAUACUGCACAUCAGUCUGGGUAACAAGAGUGGAACUCUGUCUCAAAAAAAAAAAAAAAAAAAGAAGGAAAGAAAAGGAAAGGAAGGAAGGAAGGACAGAUGGAAGGAAGGAAAAGCAGAAGGAAGGGAGGGAGGGAGGGUAGGUGGGUAGGUGGAUGGAAGGAAAGACAGGAUAGACGGAUGGAAAGAUGAUGGAUGGAAGGAAAGGAAGGAAGGGAGGGAGGGAGGAAGGAAGAGAAGGAGGGAGGGAGAGAGAGAGGGGUGAAUGGGUGGGUGGGUGGAGAAUGGAUGGAUCCUCCUCAGACCCAGGUGUCCUGCUCCUGGGACUGCUGCAGGGACAAGUGGCCACCCCAAGUGAUAACCCACACAGGACUCUACCUGGGUAGGAGCUGGGCUCUGAUGGGUGGAUGGAGAGAGAGGGACAGAUGUGCGAUGAAGCAGGGUGAGUAACAUGUUCAUGCUAGCAUCUCGGCAGUGGGCAUAUGGAUGUUUUCUGUACAAUUCUUUCAGCUUUUCUCUAUUUCUGAAAUGUUUCAUAAAAAAGCGCUGGGGGAGGACAUUCAAUGGUCCCGCCUCGGUGUGGGAAGGGAGGAAGAGGGGAUUGCAUUUCCCUACAGAUGCAUGCACUGUCUACUGUGGGCCAAUAACUUUUCCAGGCAUUGGGUUUUGGCAAGGGCUGGUCCACAUUCACACAGCUGCCGUAGCUGUUAAAAUCUUCAAAUAUUCCCUAUCACUUAAUAAAGACCUGUUGUUUUGAGUCCUCUUCCCACACCCCAAGGCACACUGGCCUCUCUCCUGGGAUCCACAGAUUCCCCACCAUCUGGAACUAAAGAAUUAACCCUUGCCAGCCAGGCACAGUGGCUCAUGCCUGUAAUUCCAGCACUUUGGGAGGCCAAGGUGGAUGGAUCACCUAAGGUCAGGAAUUGGAGACCAGCCUGGGUAACAUGGCAAAAGCUCAUUUCUACUAAAAAUACAAAAAUUAGCCAGGCAUGGUGGUGCAUGCUUGUUAAUUCCAAAUACUCGGGAGGCUGAGGCAGGAGAAUGGCUUGAAUCCAGGAGGAGGGGGUUGCAGUGAGCUAAGAUCACGCCAUUGCACUCCAGCUGGGGCAACAGAGCUAGAGUCCAUCUCAAAAAAAAAAAAAAAAAAGCAGCAAGCGGCCUCUGGGAUCCAUUCCGACUGGCCAGGGUCUCUGAUAUUGAUUGUAAAUAUCUCGAACACGACCCAGGGUCUGGAGCAGCCCUGAGAGUCCUAUCUUCCUCCCUUCCAGAGGCCAGGCCAUGACUCACUGGCUUCCUAUAUCCUGAGGAUGGCCCAGAGAGAGGAUGAGGCACCUGAGGUCCCCACAGAUGGGGAGAGGUGAGGGCUACUGGGGCUGAGGCUGCACUCUCCUUCCGUCCAACACCUCCCUCACUACAGAACCCUGAACUGCUCUCUGAGCCUCUGCCUUGCCCUUUCCUGUACCUUUGACCUUACCUCCAUGUCCCACUGCCCACCUCUGACCCCUGACCCCUUGGACACUGUCCAUCCCAGGCUGGUCCCAUCACAGGUGGACAAAGCAGACGGGACCCCUCUAGGGGUCCUCAGCACCCUAGAGCCACUUCUUCGCCUGCAGAGAACAUGGGGGGUGUGGCAUGUGCCAGAGCUGGAUACCCAGGAGGCAGAGGCCCUCGUGGGGCUGUGGCCACUGGGGAGUUUCUUGGUCACAGGACGUGACCUCAGCCAGGUCCUGGUGUUGAGGACAGGACCUUUACCAGGAGGAGUCAACACUUACCAGAUCCAGAAGAUUCCUGGAGGUGUGACCCUGGAAUCCUCCAACCUCUGCAUGCCAGACCUGCCCCAUCUCCUGGCCUUUCUAUCAGCCAGCAGGGAUGUUCUGCCCAGAACCCUACUCCUGCCCCCUCCCACUCUAGGGCCUGGAGAUGAACACAGAGAUCCUCUGCAGAUCGGCGGCAUCCAACAGGACACCCCAGGGAAGGUGCUUUCCAUUAUGAACCAACUCUACCUGGAGACCCAAAGAGGCUGGGGGAAGGAGCAGACCCCCCAAGAAAUAGAGCCAGAGGCUUCCCAGAGAUAUGAUCCAGCCCCCAGGAACCCUGCGCCUCACGGAGUCUCCUGGGUGAAAGGCCCGCUCAGCCCAGAAGUGGGCCAUCCUGGGCCGGCUCUUGCCAGCCUCCUGGAGGAAGAGGAAGACCCUGAAGGAAGGGAGGAAGAAAGGAAGGACAACCCUGAAGAGGAAGGCCCCGAGGACAUGCUCACCAUUCACAUCCAAGCUCUGGUCAGGGCUCGGAGUAGCUACGUGGCCAGGAAGUACCGAAGUCUUCGGUUGCGCAUAGCCUCGGAUUUGGGGGGUCCCCACAGGCCUGGGGACCCGGCCACAGAGCUGCUUCAGGAUGUGCGGCAGCUCCUUAUUGACCUUCAGGAUCACCUGGCAAAGGACCCCUACAUCCAGGCUGUCUCUGGGAGCAAGGGUCCUGGAGUCUCCAAGAAGGAUGAAGAUCCAGGCCCUGCGCUGGAGACGGCCGUGUGCCAGGCGGUGCUGGAGCCCCUGAAACCGGCGCUGUGGACGCGCCUCCGCACGCUCCGAGCGCCAGAGCUGCGGCGGCUGCGGAGGCGACAAACAGCCCUGCGGGCGGGGGCGGGGCCUCCGGGAGCACAGGGGGCGGGGCCUGAGGGUCAGGGCCCCGCCCCCGCCUUGCGGAGCCGCAUCCACGCGCGCCUUGCGCACCUCCACGCCGCCUGCGCCCCGCGCCGCAAGGUGGCGCUCCUGUUGGAGGUGUGCGAAAAUAUCUACGAGGGUCUGGCUCAGGGCGAGAACCAAGAUCCCCUGGGGGCCGACGCCUUCCUGCCGGCGCUGACAGAGGAACUCAUCUGGAGCCCGGACAUUGGGGAGACGCAGCUGGACGUGGAGUUUCUUAUGGAGCUCUUGGAUCCAGACGAGCUGCGGGGAGAGGCCGGGUACUACCUGACCACGUGGUUUGGGGCGCUGCACCACAUUGCCCACUACCAGCCCGAAACGGACCGCGCGCCCCGGGGGCUCAGCUCCGAGGCCCGCGCCUCCCUGCACCAGUGGCACCGCAGGCGGACGCUGCAUAGAAAGGAACAUCCCAGAGCCCAGGUGACUACCCUUCCGGCGGCAGGUGGAAGGGAGGGUGAGACCUGGUGCCCUUCUCAGGCAGCUCCAACCUCUCCCUACAGGCCAACCUCCCCUUUAAGGAGCCGUGGGCAGAAGAGACUGUGCCAGGGACCAAUCACGACUAGGGGUUCCACACCCCUCCUCACACCCCGCCGUUCACGUCUGUAAUCCCAACACUUUGGGAGGCCAAGGUGGGAGGAUCGCUUGAGCCCAGGAGUUUGAGACCGGCCUGGGCAAAAUAGUGGGACCCCGACUCUACCAAAAAAAUAAAGAAAAAUUAGCCAGUCUUGGUGGCACACUCCUGUGCUUUGCAGUUUUACAGAGGGGUGUCAGAGAAACCCUCAUUGAGGUAACAUCUGCAGAAGGCCUGAAGGAAGGAAGGGGAAGAGCAGUGAUACUAGGAAGAGCAUUCCAGGAAGUAGGAUGAGCCCGUGCAAAGGCCCAGAGGUGGGCUGUUCCCUUUUUCCUGGAAUCCCUCCCUCCUCCUUGUUGCUCCUAAACCACAUGGGUUAGGAGUCUGGACUGACCCAGGUGCGCCUGGCAUCUUGCUUGAGGAACGGGGGUGUUUUGUUUUGUUUUUGAAAGGUCCCGGCUGGGUGUGGUGGCUCACCCCUGUAAUCCCAGCACUUUGGGAGGCAGAGGCGGGCAGAUCAAAAGUCAAGAGUUUGAGACCAGCCUGACCAACAUGGUGAAAACCCAUUUCUAUUAAAAAUACAGGGCCGGGCACGGUGGCUCACGCCUAUAAUCCCAUCACUUUGGGAGGCUGAGACAGGUGGAUCACGAGGUCAAGAGAUCAAGACCAUCCUGGUCAACAAGGUGAAACCCCAUCUCUACUACAAAUACAAAAAAAUUAGCUGGGCAUGGUGGUGCAUGCCUGUAGUCCCACCUACUCGGGAGGCUGAGGCAGGAGAAUUGCUUGAACCCAGGUGGAGGUUGCAGUGAGCUGAGAUCGUGCCAUUGCACUCCAGUCUGGGUAACAACAGUGAAAUUCCGUCUCAAAAAAAAAAAAAUUAGCCAGGUGUGGUGGGAAGUACCUGUAAUACCAGCUACUCAGGAGGCUGAGGCAGAAGAAUCCCUUGAACCCGGGAGGUGGAGGUUGCAGUGAACCAAGAUUGUGCCACUGCACUCCAGCCUGGACCAGAGAGCAAGACUCCAUCUGAAAACAAAACAAAAGAAGAAGAAGAAGAAGGUCUCUCUCUGUCGCCCAGGCUGGAGUGCAGUGGCAUGAUUUCAGCUCACUGCAGCCUUAACCUCCUAGGCUCAAGCAGUCCCCCUGCCUCUACCUACCAAAUAGCUGAGACUACAGGCACCUACUACCAUGCCUAAUUUUUAACAUUUUUGUAAAGAUGGGAGUCUCUGUUUGUUACCCAGGCCGGUCUCAAACUCGUAACCUCAAGCAGUCCUCCCACCUCGGCCUCCCACAGUGCUGGGAUUACAGGUGUGAGCUGCCGCACCCAGUCCUGAUUUUCUUUUUUCCCAAAUAGUGCAUCAUUUCCUAACAUCCCAUGCAUUUAUGUAUUUCAUUGUUCAUAGUAGCUACAAUUUUUUUUUCUUUUUUUUUGAGACGGAGUUUCGCUCUUGUUACCCAGGCUGGAGUGCAAUGGCGCAAUCUCGGCUCACUGCAACCUCCACCUCCUGGGUUCAGGCAAUUCUCCUGCCUCAGCCUCCGAGUAGCUGGGAUUACAGGCACGCGCCACCAUGCCCAGCUAAUUUUUUGUAUUUUUAGUAGAGAUGGGGUUUCACCAUGUUGACCAGGAUGGUCUCGAUCUCUUGACCUCGUGAUCCACCCGCCUCGGCCUCCCGAAGUGCUGGGAUUACAGGCGUGAGCCACCGUGCCCGGCCAGUAGCUACAAUUUAAACAACUAAAAAGAAACAAGUGAAGUUAACAUGAAUUACAAUAUGUCUGAUUUAACCCAAUGUAUCCCAAAUAUUAUCACUUGAACAAGUAUCCAUAUUAAAAAGUUACUAAAAUAUCUAAAACUUUCUGUGUUUGUGUAUGUGUAUAGUAAAGCUUUAAAAUUUACUGGCCUGUAAUCCCAGCAUUUUGGAGGCCAAGGUGGCCCAAUCACCUGAGGUCGGGAGUUCAAGACCAGCCUGACCAACAUGGUGAAACCCCAUCUUUAAAUAAAAAGAAGGAAAGAAAUUUACUGUGUAUUUUACACUGAAUCACAUCACAGUCUGGACUAGUCACAUCAUUUCUUUUCUUUUUCUUUUUCAUUUUUCUUUUUCUUUUUUUUUUUUUUUUGAGAUGCAGUUUCAUUCUUGUUGUCCAGACUGGCAUGCAGUGGCACGAUCUUGGCUCAUGGCAACCUCCUCCUCCCUGGUUCAGGUGAUUCUCCUGCCUCGGCCUACCGGGUAGCUGGGAUGACAGACAUGUGCCACUAUGCCCCGUUAAUUUUGUGUUUUUAGUAGAGACGAGGUUUCUCCGUGUUGGUCAGGCUGGUCUCGAACUUCUGACCUCAGGUGAUCCACCUGCUUUGGCGUCCCAAAGUGUUGGGAUUACAAGCAUGAGUCACUGCACCCAGCCUGGACUAGUCACAUUUCAAGUGCUCACUAGCUACACAAGGUUUCGAGCUACCCUUUUGGACAGCACAGCCUUGGAAUGUCAGUUCUGGGAGAUUGGGGAUCUCUGUUUUGUCUAUAGCUGUGUCUUCCUGAGUGCCUAGACCGGUACCUGGUACACAGUUAUAAAUACUUGCUGGAUGAAUGAGUGAACAAAGCUCUGUAGUAGGCUGGAAAACAGGUCCCAAAAGACACCUGUGUUUUACUCUCUAAAAUCCACUACUGUUACUUAAUUUUUUAAAAUUUUUAUUUUGACAUGCUAUUUUGACAAAUGUUUCUUUCCUUCUUUCUCUUCCUUCCUUCUUUUCUUUUCUUUUCUAGACUGAGUCUCACUCUGUUGCCCAGGCUGGAGUGUAGUGGUGUGAUCUUGGUUCACUGCAACCUCCGCUUCCCAGGUUCAAGUGAUUCUCCUGCCUCAGCCUCCCAGGUAGCUGGGAUUACAAGUGGUCCAUCCUCCUAGGCCUCAAAAAGUGCUGGAAUUACAGGCGAGAGCCACUGUGUCCCGCCCCUUACUUUAUCUGGAAAUGCUCUUUGCAGAUGUUAUUAAGAAUCGUUUUCUUUUUUUUGAGACGGAGUCUAGCUCUGUUGCCCAGGCUGAAGUGAAGUGGUACAAUAUCUGCUUGGAUUCAAGUGAUUCUCCUGCCUCAGCCUCCCAAGUAGCUGAGAUUACAAGCACAUGCUGACACUGCACCUGGCUAAUUUUUUUUUUUUUUUUUUUUUGAGAUGGAGUUUCGCUCUUGUAGCCCAGGCUGGAGUACAAUAGUGUGAUCUCAGCUCACCACAACCUCCACCUCCCGAGUUCAAGCGAUUCUCCUGCCUCAGCCUCCUGAGCAGCUGGGAUUAUAGGCAAGCACCACCACACAUGGCUAAUUUUGUAUUUUUAGUAGAGAUGGGGUUUCACCAUGUUGAUCAGGCUGGUCUUGAACACCUGACCUCAAGUGAUCCGCCCACCUUGGCCUCCCAAAGUGCUGGGAUUACAGGUGUGAACUACUGCACCCAGCAUUUCUUUUUUUGAGACAGAAUCUCGCUCUGUUACUCAGGCUACAGUCCAGUGGUGCAAACUUCGCUCACUGCAAUCUCUACCUCCUAGGUUCAUGUGAUUCUCCUGCCUCAGACUUCCAAUUAGCUGGGAUUACAGGCAAGUGACACCACGCCCAGCAAAUUUUUAUAUUUUUAGUGGAGACAGGGUUUUGCCAUGUGAGCCAGGCUGCUCUACAAACGCCUAGCCUCACGUGAUCUGCCAGCCUCUUUCUCCCAAAGUGCUGGGAUAACAGGCAUGAGACACCAAGCCUGGCAUAAUUUAAGAAUAUUAAAGUGGGAGGCUGGGUGAGGUAGCUCACGCCUGUAAUCCCAGCACUUUGGGAGUCCGAGGCGGGCGGAUCGCUUGAAGUCACCAUUGUUUUUGAAAGCCAAAAGAUGGCCAGGCGCGGUGGCUCAAGCCUGUCAUCCCAGCACUUUGGGAGGCCGAGGCGGGUGGAUCACGAGGUCAAGAGAUCGAGACCAUCCUGGUCAACAUGGUGAAACCCCGUCUCUAUUAAAAAUACAAAAAAUUAGCUGGGCAUGGUGGCACGUGCCUGUAAUCCCAGCUACUCAGGAGUCUGAGGCAGGAGAAUUGCCUGAACCCAGGAGGCGGAGGUUGCGGUGAGCCGAGAUCUCGCCAUUGCACUCCAGCCUGGGUAACAAGAGCGAAACUCCGCCUCAAAAAAAAAAAAAAAACCAAAAGCUUGAGACUGGCUGUGCUGGACAUCAAAGCAAGAAGUAUUGGGGGACUGCAGGAUGUGGCCCCGAUCUUAUCUUCCUCCAGAACAGAGUUGGCAGCCAGACCCCAGCAGACCACAGGGAAUCCGUCUCCUCCUUCAGGGAAUAGCAGCAGUCUCGGGGGCAAAGAAUUUCACUGCAUUGAUUUAUUUAUGUGUUUAUGUAUGUGUU